AUGGACUCGUUCGAGCCGGAUGCUGGUAGCGUUGAACUUCACGACACUGCUGGAGCCAGCGAAUGGGAGGACGCUCAGCACAACUCGAUCGACGGGACGAAUGAGGACGACGCAGACGUCAUGGCGUGCCAGCAGCAGGAGCGACACGCUCCGCGCUUUGACUCGCACUUGUCACUGCACAAUGCUGAGGAAGCGUUCUCGACCAGGAAGAAAGCGAAGCCUCGGGCUCCCAGGGUCAGGAAGUUCUCGUCGCUCGGGUUCCGCCUGCUGAAGCAUGCGGUGAUGAAGAGGAAGGCGGGCUCAUGCUCGGUGUCGUGCGACUCUCAGCUCAGCCCGACAGACAUCAACGACGCCAUCGCAGCCGCCAUCUCCCACUACAUGCUGCAUGAGCCGUCAGAUCUGCAGUACCUGACCUCAGACUCCAGCAGAGACUUGUGUCUGGGAGGAGGACGAAACGCGUCCAAGCGGGAGAUGCUUCGAUCGCAAGGAAUCUUCGAUCAUCUACAGAAGCUGUGCUCGGACGGCGCUGUCCCUCGAAUCUUCGGAGAGCGCAUGCCCUCCCUUGCCAGCACCUUGCAGACUAUCCUAAUCGACUACAUCCUCACGGGCUCUCCCGAGGCAGCCCCAUCCUGCAGCGCAACACAGCAGCCGCUGCUUGCUGCUGCCUCGCAUUUUCCGGCUCCGUCCAGUGCGCAUGUCUUGACAAGCUCUCUCAGGCAGUCAGCGAGCUCAUUCUGCGCUCCUGGCGUGUCUGCGGAGGCCAUGGAGCUGUCGAGCGCUGCUGAGGCUGGAGGCUACGCGAGCGUGCUGAAGACCAGCGCAUGGCCGCGACCAUCGGAGCAUCGGCAGGAGACCAACCAGAGUCUGAUACGACACUGCGGGGUCUCAGUACCUCAGCACGUGCUCGUGAAGAUGCUCUCGGAGAACUCGGUUUAG